AUGUUCCGCGCGUGCCGGUGUUGUAUGCAGAAAGUGCCAGACACAGUGUCGGACGGGCAUGUCGGUGUUGGCAUGCUUGCCGCGACGUCGUUUGGGUGGGUGGCGAAACGGAUGGACCUGCUGACGGGUGAGAAGGGCUGUAGUGGGGUGAGCAUCGAGAACAUCAAGACAAAGGGGCUGAGGACGUUGCGCGACAACAUGGUGGAGUACAUCUGCAAGCGCAUCGCCGAAAAACGAUCUGCGGCGCCGACUUCUCAAGCCGUCGGACCCGCCAACAGUGCGAUUGAUGACGACGGCGCGGAAAGACAGACGGCGCCCCAAGCAGCAGUUGCCGCCCAGCAUCAGGGGGACGCGAGGGAGAAGGAGGAGGUAGGCGUGGAGGCAACGACGGAAAAGGGCCAAGAGGAGGCGGCCUGCGAGGGAAGUGGGAAGGUGUCGGUCGACGUCGGCGAAGGGGCGAACAUCACGGGCGUGCAGGAGACGGGGGAAGCAUCUGGUCGGCAGGGUCCUGAAGACGACGUCGAGCAGUUGCGACGGGAGAACUGGUUGUUGAAGGCAGAGAAUGCUCGGCUGGAGACGUUGCUCAGAGAGGAGAAGGCUCGGUUGGACAGGUUUUUUGUUGGGAUACGUGGACUCAUCGACAAGCUGCAAGUUUUGGCCGACCAGGUCACUGUGUCCGACCGGACUGCAGCGAAACGGCUGCAGGACGCAACGUCGGCCAUGUCGGCGACCAUCACGGGCAACAUCACCAGCAGCUUUGACAAAGCGUGGAAGGCGAUGAAGUCCUUCGCGGAAAAGGCGUCGGCGUGGUUGUUGGACUUCAGCAAUCCGGAGGGAAAUAUGGCAUAUAAACGUGCAAAAGCCGUCUCCGCCUUGGCCGACCACGUGGAUGGGGUGGUGGGCGAAGCGAAGAGGGGUUUGGAGGAAUACAUCUCCCAACACCUAUCUGCCGCGCAGGUCAACAUCGCCACCACUGUGACUCACAGCUUCGCCGUGCAGCCGCCGCCUCCGCCUCAGCCCACACCGCCCGCGCCAACGCCCGCCUUCCCAGACGAGCUCUUGAAGUCGUUCAAGGCGGACGUCUUGAAGGCGGUGACGGAGGCCACCCAACAAUCGUUCGUUGCUUCCAGGAUGAAGAUCAUGAUCGAGAUGAUCAGCACUGUGGCGCCUGGUCGGCGUGGGUCGUCGCCGUCGGCCAAUGACGCCAAAGCCGUGCAACGGAGGGAGGCCGACAAGCAGGGCCAGAAGAGGGCGGGCGGCGGAGACAAUGCGGUCAGCGUGAAGCGGAGCAAGGGAGCGGACGGGAGCCGCGGUCCUGUCGGCUCAAAGCCUGCUACUAAGAGCGUGGUCGACCAGCUGAAGAAGAAGGCGGGGUGGAAGGUCAUAAGGUCGUCGCACAGCAAAGGAGAUGGAAGCGGGGGGGCAGAGGGUGGCCAUGCCGACGAGGUUGCCGCUAAAGUCGCGGGACCGAAAGGCCUGCCUUUGGUCACCGAGCAGACCCAUCCUCAAUCGAGCGGUGGGAAAAGCGAGAGCGACAAGGAGAUCCCAACAGCUCGGACGGCGAAAGAUGGCGGCGCCAGAACCGUCAAGGGACCGUCCGUCGUGGUGGUGGGGUCCACGUCGAUUCCCCGUAACCCCCCUGCGGCUAGCAGCGCGCCGGCCGGCCAGUCAGCUUUCAACAACGAUGGGCCGGCCCUUGCGGCCCCUCCAGCUCCAGUAGGCCCGUCUGCCGCCAUGGGCGAGGCGAAGGAUGCUGCGGCUAGGGGAGAUGGUCCGUGCACCAAUAAGCUGCCCGCAGGUGGGGAUGCGCUCAGGGACUUGCUCCACCGCAUGGAGGCCCAUCGCAAGGACCCGGAACCCGGCAAAAGCGCAACGCCGACGUCAGUAAACGCGGCCGCACCGACACCCGGUGCAGCUGUGGUCAAUGUGGCGGCGGAGAAGGGUGUGCAUGCAGCGCUAGCCACCGGCGGCCGAGCCGGCAAAGACGCCGACAUCGCUGCCAUCCAAGCCCAUUUUGAAGCAGCAAAACGCAUUGAGCACGCCCCUGCUCUGGCCAUCAUGGACACGGCGCAUGUGGAGCCGUCGGGGACUCACGGAGGGAGUUCGGCGGAGCCGACGACUGCAACGGAUGCUGUCGCCGAGAGAAAUGCGGGACGGAAGGGGAAAGAUGACACUGGGAAAGGGAAGGCGUUUGCUCAGAGGAGAACACAGGCGAUGUCGGCGGGGAAGGAGAUGUCGGACGAGAAAGGAAAGAAGGCGGAAGGGAAUCAGGACAAGACGGGCGGCAAGGGUAAGUCGGCAAAGAAGAAGGAGAAGGCGGAGGAGGAGGACGAGGCGGUCGGCGAGGGAAAGAAGGAGCAUGGACGAAGGGGUCAUGGCAUCCGCCACGACAAGUCGGGCAACGGGCUAGGUUGGGUGGGGAAUCGAUACAUAGGCAAGUCGAGAGACAAGAUGGAGCUGGCCUAUGAGCACUCGAUUGCGUACGUCGUCUACGAUGGCUACGUGAGCAAGGUGCUCAUGGACGAGCUCACCGUCUUGAAUCCAGGGGAGUUGGAGAAAUGGAAGGAGGUGUGGGAGGAGGUCAAUUUCUUGCCGACUGGGAUGUGGACGGUGAUGUGGGCCAGAGGCUUGUGCCAUCCAAAAGCAAGGAUCGACGAUAUACUCGGCAGGUACCGUGGGUACACGAGUUGGGGUGAUGCGCUUCACGACGUGCUCUUGCCGGCGAUCUGGUUCCCCAUCGUUCAAGACACGAAAGAAGGCCAGGCGGAGACGGACGCUGUCAUGUCGGCAAUGAUAAAUCGCGUGUCAAUGUGCGCGGCGUUUGGGAAGGUCGCAGCGAGCGCGGCGAGGAAGGCGGGAGAGUCGGAUGAGAAGACGGAGAUGGCGGCCCAGGCGUUAGCGGCCUCCGCUUGCGCCGUCUGGUGCUUCGUGGAGAUGGGGGCGUCGGUGCUCGGUGCUGUGGGCAAAGGGAAGGCGGCGGCGAUGGUGGCAGGUGUGGGUGAGAAGACGGCUGAGGCCUUCAGGAAGGUGAUGCACGCGGUGAUCGACAUAGCGUCCAAUAGGCAGCCACCCGCAGGGGAGGUUGCACAGAACAUCGCACCGGCGCUGCAAGGUCAUGCAGUAGACAGGGCCUUCAAGGAAGGAGUUGUGGGAGUCGAGGCCGACAUGAUCGCUAGAGCGACGGUCGAGACCUUGGCGUUCUGGGGAAUGUGCCCCGUUGUCGGGCCCAACCUCAAAAAGCACGGCAUCGAUGUGUCGUGUGACGCGCAGAUGGACUACGAUAUAGAGCACAGGGGGAGGAAGGGGGAGAAGGUCAAGCAGGGCAAGGGCAACAAGAGGAAGAAGAGGCAGACGGGCAACCAGGGCAUGGACAGUACGGAGGCGUAG